AUGGCUUCAGUGUGUGCGUUACCAGACGAUGUUUUACUCCUCAUCUUCAUCUCUCUCAAGUCGGUAUCCCCUGCGGGUCGCUACUACACAGCCGUCAAGCGUCUGGGGCUGGGGUGGAUUGUGGCAGGCCACGUGUGCCAAGGCUGGCGUCGCGUACUUCUCGGAAGCGCUACGCUCUGGACAGACGUCACGGACUUCUACGAUCUUCAGGUUAUUGCUGAGUUCGCCAGGAGGUCGAGAAACGCGCCUCUGAACAUAGACCUUGACGUUCUCUUUGAGAAUGCAAUACACCGAACUCCAGACUUCAACGUGUCUGGACACGUACUUCGAAAUGAGAUGUGGUCAAGGGCUUAUCGUAUCAACCUGGACGUCGUUCGCAGCGCUCGCUACCGCCGGCACAUGCCUAUCUCCACCUACACAACUGCGUGCAGGGUGCUCUCUACUACACAUCUAUCAAACCUCGUUGAAAUCAACGCCUUCAUACCCCGAGGAUCACGCAUUACCGCCUUCGCAGCGCCACGUUUGCAGACGUUGCGACUAAGCUCAGACGCUGCGAAGAUGCUUCAGUGCCCGAUGCCUUACGAGACUCUAUCACAUUUUCUGUCCCAAACAGAGAGCUUAGUGCACAUAUACCUCCAUCGUGCAGUGGACACGGCAUUCGAUGGACGUCGUAUAUUGAAACGCGAGACCAAACGCGUCGGUAUCAAGAUGCUCGACAUCGGGUCAUUCGACGAGGACCUGCUGGCUCUUAUCUUCUGCCAUUGCGAAUUGACCACGGGCGCACACUCCAGCGUUGAUCUUUACGGGGUGAAAGAUCUUCAAUACUCCAUCGAGCUUUGCGACUCUCUGCUUCCAGCCUCCACACGAUCGGCUGCAGCGUACAUCUCACGAAGACGGGAGAGGCCACAUGCCUUGGAUGGCAUCGGCCGCUCGUUCACUUCGGACUUUUACGCGCUUCGGCUUUCUUUCAAUGACGUGCAUACCGUGACUUGGCGCAAGGACCUCCUGGACCCGUCCUGGACUUGGACUGAGUUUACGAACUCCUACGCAUGCGACACUGUCACGUCGCUCCGUCUCAGGGAUUCCGUGUACGAGAAUCCCGACGAGGAUGUCACAGACACUCCUAAGCCCUUCAUCGAAAGCCUCUCGGGCUUGCGCAGUCUAUCCCUCGAGCACGAGUCUCACUUCGAAAUCGUCCAGGCUUUGCCCGACGCUGGCCAACUGAGCAACAUUCGCCUGAAGAACGCAGGUCUCUCCGACCUCAUCCACGCCUGGCAUUUUGUUCGGAAGAUGAACCGUCCUCGGGAGACGAUUGACGUGGUUCUACAAGGGAAGAUCUUCUUGGACUUCGAAGUUUCAAUGCAGCAGCAUGAAUAUGACGAAGCUCCUGUUCUCGCUGCGCUUGGAGCGCUCUGCACUGUGACAGACAAGCGUACGGUACUUAUGAGCAGUAAUCUACCGUAUUAG